AUGUGCCUACCGAAUACAACAAAAGUUCAAUUACGUGCGCGACCUGUUUUUAUCGGUAAGGUAUCUGAUGGAGAAGGUGAACUGGAUCAAAGAUCUUUCGUUCGCAAGUGGACGUUGCCGGAAAACGUAGAUCUGGAGGCGCUCCGCACUCAGCUGAACGAUGCCGGUCAUCUCUCCGUCGAAGCACCGAAGGUUGGUCAGCCUGGUGCUCAGAAGCGCUCUAUCCCAAUAGAGCGUGUUCCAUCCCAACUUUAA